AAGAGUAAGCUCUGAAUACAUCCGUGUCACCAUCUUCUUCGGCAAAUCCCAUGCAGAAAUCACUUUACCUUUCUCCGCCCCCUUUUUCUACACAUACCUUCGUCUAAAUCAUUCCAAAAUUUCAGAACUUCAUCUUCUCUAACUAAAUCUACUUCAUCACAACUUAAAUUUUUCUUUCAAUUCUAAUUUCUUCGCAUAAGCUCAUACCUAACAACCCAAAAUCACAUAAUCCAUUAUCUUCGUCAACACAAUGAGCAACCCAACCCUUAUAGGUCCACCUGAACUCUACAUCGCCGAACCCACCGCAACCCUCGCCCAAACAGCCCCAGCCCCAACCCCCGACCCGGCUCCAAUCCCAACAGUUACAGGCACCACUCCAAGUGACCCCUUCAUGGACCUAAUGGUGUCCGCAUUCAACACCACAUCAACCCCAAACAUGACCUUAACGGAAAAUUUAUCCCCAACAUUUCUCACCACGGGGAACCCAUGUCUGGACUUCUUCUUCCACGUGGUUCCGGACACCCCACCAGCGACCCUCCUCCAAAGACUCCAACUUGCGUGGGCCCACAACUCCUUCACCGCCCUAAAACUCGUCUGCAACCUCCGUGGAAUCCGCGGUACCGGCAAGUCCGACCGCCGGAACUUCUACGGCGCGGCGAUCUGGCUCCAUCGCCACCACCCCAAAACCCUCGCUUCUAACAUUCCCUCCCUCUCUGACUUUGGAUACUUCAAGGACCUCCCCGAAAUCCUUUACCUCCUUCUAGAAGGUUCCGAUGCCCGCGAAAUUCAAAAAAGAGAGUGGUGCAAGGAAAAACUGCGGUGCAAGGCAAAACGGCGGAUGAUCAACAGAAGAAAAAAACGUAGGACUACGCAAAAGGGGAAAAGGGAGGCUUUGAACGAAAUAGUCGACGCGGCGAAGGACAAAACUGAGGCUUCCGAGAAAGAACUUUCACAUGUUGGAAGAGAAGAGAAAAGGGUGGCAUUGGCGAAGAAGCUCGUUGAUCGUUAUACAAGCGACCCAGAUUUUCGAUUCCUUCAUGAUCGCGUCUCUGAUUAUUUUGCCGAGUGUUUGAGGAAGGAUCUCGAGUUUUUGAAAUCUGGGUCGGUGACGAAAAUCAGUCUUGCCGCGAAAUGGUGUCCCUCUGUGGACUCAUCUUUCGAUCGACACACUUUGUUGUGUGAAACUAUUGCGAAGAGGGUUUUUCCUCGGGAGGAAUAUAAUGAGUACGAGGGGGUUGAUGAGGCGCAUUAUGCUUAUAGAGUUCGUGAUCGGUUGAGGAAGGAGGUGUUGGUGCCUUUGAGGAAGGUGUUGGAGUUGCCUGAGGUGUUUAUAGGGGCCAAUCGUUGGGAUUUGAUUCCUUACAAUAGGGUUGCUUCUGUGGCUAUGGAAUUUUAUAAAGAGAAGUUUUUGAAGCAUGAUAAGGAGAGGUUUGAGGCUUACUUGGAGGAUGUGAAGUCAGGGAAGAGUACUAUUGCUGCCGGUGCUUUGCUUCCCCAUCAGAUCAUAAGGUCAUUGGAUAAUGGGGAUUGUGGGGAUGUGUCUGAGUUGCAGUGGAAGAGGGUGGUUGAUGAUUUGAAGAAGAAAGGGACGAUGAAGAGUUGUUUGGCUGUUUGUGAUGUAUCUGGGAGUAUGGACGGGUUGCCCAUGGAGGUGUGUGUGGCAUUGGGGUUGUUAGUGUCUGAGUUGUGUGAGGAGCCUUGGAAGGGGAAGGUUGUGAAUAACAUGGAUGCGGGCGGGAACACUGAUUUUCAGAAGGUGUUUGAUCUGAUCUUGGAGGUGGCUGUGAGUGGGAAUCUGAAAGCGGAUCAGAUGAUAAAGAAGUUGUUUGUGUUCAGUGACAUGGAGUUUGAUCGAGCCUCAAGAAACCCUUGGGAGACUGAUUACCAAGCAAUCACUAGGAAGUUUGGAGAGAAAGGGUUUGGCGAUGUGGUGCCUCAGAUGAUUUUUUGGAAUCUGAGAGACUCUAAGGCCACCCCAGUGCCAGCAACUCAGAAAGGAGUGGCAUUGCUCAGUGGGUUUUCUAAGAAUUUGCUCACAUUGUUCUUGGACAAGGAGGGGGAGCUAGACUCCGUAGAAACCAUGGAAGCAGCAAUUUCUGGUUCAGAAUAUCAGAAACUAGUUGUGGUCGAUUAGUUGAUUACUCCCUUCUGAUUUCUUUUCUGAUGUUUUUAAAUAUGUAUGGCACCAUUUCCUAUUCCUAUCUUCUAUGACAUGUUUGCGAUUUUA